GAUUCCGAAAGAGGAGGACGUAGCUCACUGGGAGGGGAGAAGACUCUAUGUCUCCCCCUCUCCACUCGCUGGGAAGGAUGUUUUGUUAUUGAAUUGCCUAGAAGGGUGUCGUUAGGGGGCGGGGUUCCUUUAUGGAGCUGCUCGCUCGCACGUGUUUCGCCUCGCGGGCUUAUUUGGCUGUAGGUGUGGUGGGAAGACUGGAGAAGAGCCUCGUUUGGGCUUCGACUUCCUCUCUCCUCUAGGCUCUCCCCUUUGGGCGUCGAUCCUCCUCGUCCUCCGGAGCCUUCCGCUGGUCUUUCCGUGGCCGGCUCCUUUAGCGUUCCCUAUCUCCCCAGCCGGAAGUCGAAGCCCCCUCUCUGAGAAUAAGGCCUGCCUCUCUUGGGGAGGCCAAGAUAAGUUUGAUGAAGAGGUUUAGAGAUGCCCCCCGCCCCGGCCCUUUUUGGGAGUCACACUUAUAUGCUCCCGUAUGCCCCCCAAAAGCUACCUCCUUCUCAAGGACGCUCGUUGAAUGUAUUCCCUCAGGUGCUCUGAGGGGUUUCGGGGACUCUUGUGGGGAACAUGAGGGACCGAGAUCGACCAUCUCCCCGUGCUUGGGGGAAACUCAAGCUUCUUAAAUGAGCACAGGCCAGAUAGAAUAGAAUGGGGAUCAAAGGCCUACUCUGUGCCAGGCACUUUGCUAAGCCCUUUACAAAUAUAUCUCAUUUGAUCCUCGGGGGUCUGUGGGUAACCGGUGUAAAACACCGUGAUUUCUGGACAUUCAAUUCAGCAAACAUAUAUUGUGCGCCUACUCUGUACAUGGUUCUGGGAUACCAAAAAUUAAAUCAGUCCCUGCCUUCGAGGAACUUAAAUUCUACUGGAGAAGCAGGGAGUGGAGGCCUGGGCAGCAUGACGACGGAAACCUUUGUGAAAGAUAUCAAGCCAGGACUUAAGAAUCUGAAUCUCAUCUUCAUUGUGCUCGAGACAGGCCGAGUGACCAAGACAAAAGAUGGACACGAAGUGAGGACCUGCAAAGUAGCAGACAAAACAGGGAGCAUCAAUAUAUCUGUUUGGGAUGAUGUUGGCAACCUGAUCCAGCCAGGGGACAUUAUUCGACUCACUAAGGGGUACGCUUCAGUGUUUAAAGGCUGUCUGACACUCUACACUGGCCGAGGGGGUGAUCUACAGAAGAUCGGAGAAUUCUGUAUGGUCUAUUCUGAGGUCCCCAACUUCAGUGAGCCAAAUCCUGAAUACAGUGCCCAGCAGCUCCCCAGCAAAACGGUACAGAACGACAGCACCUCUGCCACUUCCCAGUCUCCAGCUGGCCCUCCUGCUGGCUCUCCAGCCUCUGAGAGUCAAAAUGGGAACGGCCUAAGCACCCCUUCUGGCCCAGGCAGUGGCUCCCAUGCACCCCAUGCCCCUUCUCACCCUAUCAGCACCCGAAUUACUCGAAGUCAGCCUAGCCACACACCUGCUGGCCCUCCAGGUCCUUCCUCCACCCCCGUCAGCAACGGCAAAGAGACUCGGAGGAGCAGCAAGAGAUAGCAAGACACCCUUCUUACUGAAGACAACCCUUCCAUGUAUCUCCCCACCGGGAGCAAAGACUGUCCAUUGGGAGCUAGCAGCAUGUGUGUGGUGUGGGGACAUAUUCUAGCCUCAGACUUUCUGAGGUGAUGUGUAGGGGGGCAGUCAUUUCUCCCCCUUAUUCCCUGCGCCAACCCCCCUACUCAAGCCAGAGUACCUUGUCUCCUGAGCGCUCCAAACCUCCUCUGCCAUUUUUAGAAACCAAAUUUGGGGUGAGUAUGUUAAAUGUGUGUGAUAUAGGGGACUUCCCUAAUAAAUACUUACACCCAGUGUGCCUGC